GCCGCUUGCCCCUGUGGUAGUCAAGAAGCAGUUCGUUUGUGGUUGAAAAUAAAAACGUUUGAGAAAAGUGACAGCCGGAGUCGCUAUGCUCGGCCAAUCUCCCCACCUGAUCGGAGGCAUCUUGUGGAUCCAGAAUCCAAUGAGAGCUGUUCACUGCAACCUGAGCCAGAAUGGCAUCGACCACCAGAUGUGCCCGGAGGACAUGACGUCGCAGCUGGAGGAGGAAGAGGAGUCCGUGGACGCUGGGCCCGUGCUGCUGGAUGACGACAGCCCAGGCUACCAGGACGUCAGCCCCCCUCCCAUGUACCAGCGCCGCUCCCCGCCCCAUCGCUCCGUCUCCGAGUCCGAGUUGACCCGGCCGGGAUAUGUGAAGCUGUCUAAACCGGUGGCCCUGUGGACCCAACAGGACGUGUGCAAAUGGCUGAAGAAGCACUGUCCCAAUCAGCACCAGAUCUACAGCGACUCCUUCAAACAGCACGACAUCACAGGGCGGGCUCUGAUGAGAUUGACAGACAGAAAGCUGGAGAGGAUGGGAAUCAUGCAGGAAGGCCAGAGGCAGCACAUCCUGCAGCAGGUCCUGCAGCUUCGUGUCCGCGAGGAAGUCAGGACUCUCCAGCUUCUCACACAAGCCUCUCUGGAGUGCACUCCAUCCUCACCGUAGCCCGAUGGAUGGAGCGGGACCGCCAAGGAGGAUGCCCGAGACACACCCCCGCCGCAUCGCCAACGUCCACCCAGGCCCCUUCCCGGACUUCUUCGUCUCACACCUUCGGCCUCCCGUCGUCAACUUCUCCGGAGGCUGAUAAAAAAAAAAAAAAACAACAUUCCCUCUUCUCGGCUGCUCCUGAGAAGCUCCCACGAGCUCUGACUCGCUGUUUCCUCUCAGUCUAAACAACAACUCCUCACAGCUUCCCGGAGUAUGAGCAAGAGUUUCCAUUCCAGCGGCCGUCCCAUCUCCAGUCAUUUCUGACCUUUUGCAGCCAAACCACCACCAAACGUCUCACGCUAUAACUCCUACACUCCUCUCGUGUGUGUCCCUCAAGGAUCCAGCCGGGACCCCUCUGUCUACCCAGAAUGCAACACUUGCUUUAGCCGGGUUUCCUAAAAGCGUUUAAGCACACAAACACAACUUCUGUGUCACCGCCGUGUGAUUGUGCGCUUAUUUGUUUUUAAGGACCUCGACCCGGGACGCCUUCUCUCUCUCUCUCUCUCUCUCUCCUACCAUUGAGAGUGACACACGGCAUAAUCCAAGCUUUCAUCCCGUCACUCAAACACAAUCUCUCGGUCUGUCUGUGGCAUGUUCGCUCUUUCAUCGUGGCACUUUAAUGUGUUUUGCCCCUCGCCCCCCCUCCUCCCUCAUUGUGUAGUCUUGUGGUGUACUGCUGAGCCCGGUUCAGCCGGAUGAGGACAGAAAAACAGACUGUGCACAAGACGAUCCACAUCCCUUCCACCCCUCUUUUCCUCCUCUGGACUAUAUUCCUUUAAGCCCGCAGAAGCGGAACACAUUUGACACACACAUAUAUAUAUGUAUAUGUACGUACGUGUGUGUGUUUUUGUCUUUCUUCAUCCAGUAAACCGCGUUGGACACCGCCCGGUGAAGUAUCCACAUCCAUUUCGCUCUCUUGGGUCAGAACCUGAGGAAACUUCACUGUGAACAGUUAGUAGGGGAAUAAAGACUGAACCUAGCAUCCUAUUAGGGACGGUUAAGUUGGCUCCCCCAGAAAUGAAUGGCAUCGUUGUGAAAAGCAAUCGGAAGGAGAUGGAGCAGAACCUGGGGGGAAAUAAAUAAAUAAAAAAACAGGAAUGAACUUCAAGAAGAAGAAGAAGGAAAUUCCCGUGGUGUCCCUAAAAGUGUGGUUCCAGUAGGUAAACUAAUUUGGUAACCCAUGGAGGGGGGCGGGGGGAGCAGCAGCAGCAGAAGGAAAUAAAAGGAGGGCAAAAGGGCUUCGCGAACCAAGAGAUGCUUUGACUUGAAAUUCUUUUGCUCUAACGAAGAGAGAAGGAGAAGAAGAAAAGACAUCACAAGAUAACAGGAGGAGAGGCCUUUUUUUUCAUUUCCUGCCCUCUGUAUCUUUAUUGCUCCGUCUGCUCUCCAUCUCGCCGCUUGAAACUAUUUUUAGAGGAGAUGUAUUGAAAAUAGAGUAGAAAGGAGACGUACCGUGCGCGCGAGAAGCUCAUCGAGGAAAUGUUGUCUGUCGGUCGUAUUAGAAAGAUACUCCGUGUUCUCUUACUGUGUCUGACGAGAAAUCUCUGCUGUCAAUGUGAAUAAUGGCCACUCACUGUUGAUAUAGGUAUAGGUAGGUAUUUUAACUGCACUUCAAAAAGCACACGUGUCUGUAAUUAAAAAUGAAAAAAAAAAAAAAAAAAAACACCCGGACCACCUCCAUGCCAUCUCCUCCGCUGUGUCUACGAGUGUAAAUACAUUAUUAAAACCUGUAGCCGCUAUAAUGACUUCUGUAUCAGCCGGUGUACAUGAGUGAUAUUUAUCAAAAGCUAAUAUCCACGCUGGUGUAGCAUGAGCUGUUGUCACGGUAACAACAUCUUUUCUUUUUCUGGACGGGAGCUGUCAAUCAUAGGAGCAUAAAGUUGCGGCCUCAGCGUCAGGGGAGGGAGGGGUGUGGGUCAGUGCUGGGCCCCCCGAGAGCGAUUGCGUUUUAAUGGGAUUCCAUUUGUACACAGGUCCCACUGUGUCCGGCCACUCAUUGUUUGGAUAGCAGCCGUGGUCGUAAUGCGGCAAAGACCUGCGAGCAGAUUGAAUAGUAUUGAUCAGUUCUGCGGGACGUACAGUCGGCCCCUCCGGGAUUACAAAAACCUCAAGGACUGUGUGUGGGCUGUGUUUUUUUUGUAUUCGCGUGCGUGCCGACAGUCACAUAGGGAUGGAGCUGUCCGGGCUAAAACACAAGUGGUUAUUUCACAGUCGGGUGGAGAUGCCGUGUCCGUGUCUGUCAAGGCCACGGGAGGAAGUCAUUUGGAGGGGGAUGGGAGUGAAGGGGGAGGGGGAGGCUGAGGCUGAAGCUUCCGUCAGGUUUGGAAUUUCUCCACUCAUUGAUUUCAGAUUGGGAAGUGUCCAUAACUCAGCUGGUAGAAAUGGUGUAGUCGUUGGGAAACGAAUGUGUGUGUGGCUUGAUUUAAUUUGCAGUAGACGCCAAAAUGGAGAUCCUGAAUAUAACCACUCAAUAUAUUUAUGUAGGGUUAAUUAUUUAAAAAAAAAAUCUAUUUAAUCACAUAGGCAUCCAAAAAUGUAUAUUUGCUGUCUUGCCAAGUAAAAUAUGAAACUUUAUUCUGUCUAAAGAGUUAGAGGAGCUCCGCUCGCGUGUGGCUUUUGUCCAGCAGCUGGUUAUAACAGCUGGUAGACAGCUAACAGACUCCAUCUACCAGCGUCUCUAAUCUUGCAAAAUUUGCCACAGCAGUAUACAGAUAUACACCAGUCAGCCACAAUAUUAAAACCACCUGCCGGAUGUUGCGUACUUUAUACCUUGCACUGCCAAACCUCUAUGGCCUAUUGAUGCAUUGGCAUAGGACCGGUGGGAUUGUCCUGUGCUGUCUUUGAGUCCUGUGCGUUGCACUUUUUGGCCUCUGUGGAUCAGCACAUCCUGCUAGAUGCUCAAUUAGAUCGCUACUUGGGAGUGUGCUAGGUCCACCCGGCAGUGCUCUAAAUGUUGUGACUGGUGGAUGUAUGCUAAUGACCUGUAAGGUACUUUAAGGACUCUACAAAGAAGGACACCCACCUCGCAUUGCUUGAGUCCUGACCAAAAGGUCGCCCUUGAACUCACCACCAAAGGAUCCAGCCAGUGGCCAGUGAGCAUGUAGGUUUUGAGCAAGGAAAUAACUCUUCAUGCCAGCAGGUGGCAGUAGUCUAUGUUCAUUAUUUAAAAGGGUAAACUGGAAGAGCUACUUUUAGCAUGAAGGCUAGCUAUAAAUUAUUGUGGAGAGCUGUUCCUUCAAUACUGGUCAGUUGGUCUACAGUUUAUUUGUUUUAGAUCAGGGGUUUUUUAACAUUUUUUUAGGCCAAGGACCCCCAAACUGAAGGAGAGAUUAAGUAGGGACCCCCUACCUACUAUAUGUGUAAACUCAGCUAGUGCUAUUUGUAAAUACACAUUAUUAUCAUCAUGUUGCAUUCAGUAUUGAGCUAUUCAAAUAGUACACAGUAGGGGGGCUGUGCAACCGCCGUAAACAUAAAGAUACCUAACUGGUGUAUUGACAGAUGAAUAAAAUAAUUGACAGAUUCAAUUUUUAAUAUUUAAACGUAGCUAAAAGUAGCAGGGGCAGUGAAUCAACAAGCCACUUUAGUGUCAGUAGUCGACUGAUGUUAGCGAGCUGCACAGUUAGCUUCUCUUCUGCUGAUAUUUUUUAGCAUGUGUCCGGGAUUUCACUGGAUUCUCGUUAAUGUGCAUUUAAAGAAAUUUAAAUUUGUGAUGGAAAAAUUGUGGGGCAAGAUAAAAACAAAUAUAUAUAUAUAUAAAAAUGUCUAAUCAACCAAAGAUUUUGCGACCCCCCUGCAGUACCUCCGCGAACCCAUUAUGGAUCUCGGACCCCCUGUUGAAAACCUACGUUUUAGAUGAUCAUGCUGUCAUGAAAUGAUUUGUGUAUUUGAUCAGAACAGAUGAAGAUGAUGUCACCCUUUGGUUCUGAUCAACCCAUUCGCCAACUAACACCAACAGCGUAGGACACACAACAAAGACUAAGGUCACACAUGCUCAUUGAUGGCCCAGGCGCCGGCCAACAGCUGAUCAUCAGCUAGGUGUGUCACGGCCGUAGAGGUGCUAUUAGGUGGCUUUUGUUAGACUGUUACCAUCUCUGUUUCCCUAUUUCUACUCCUUUGGCUAGGCUGGUCAGACAACUGCAUUGUUACACUUAACAGACUUGUGUCAGCGUUCCCAUCUCUAAGAAAAUAGAAAGCUGUGUUCAAAAGCAUUUAUGUUUCUGCAUAAAAACCCCUGACAAAACCAACGUCCGUGCAUCCCCAAAAUCCGGUGGGCAAAGAACGCAGAGCUGAUUCCUUGUGAUCUUACAGCAUUUGAACCCUUGCAUUGAAUUUCAUCAUGUUUUUGAUGAUCGCCCUGUAAAGAAAGCGCUAACCGCGUUGUAACUCCCUUUCAAUACCGCACCUUGAUGUGGCUUUAGAGGAUUAUUCAAAGCGUUUGUAGCUAAAUGUAUUCCUUUUCUCUCAAAGCGUGUUUGAAAUUAAGUUUUACAAAUUUUAGGUCAGGACCUACAUUUGCUUGCAGGCAUUUUGCUGCAUAACAAACGUAGUGGUGUGUUUUAGUAAUCUAUAACUGCAGCGCUGUAACAACACACGGUGCAAGCAGUAAAAUAUUGAUUCUUUAUCAAUACUCUCCAGAGUCGCCUCCUUACAGGAAUGGGAAGGGAGGGAGUAGAUUUUUCUCCGGAGGCACAAGGGAAACUUCCCACACUGUUCCUGGCCCUGAUUUCCUGGCAUUACCAGCUCGAGAUGUGGCGGCUGUGCCAAGGUGUCUGCGGACUUGCCUGAACUGGCUCACGGAGCCCAUAGUCUCCUUGUACCUGUAAGAAGUCUGGCAUGCACUCGUAGACGCUGAUACACAGUUACACAAGACGCCACCAGUACAAACCUCACACAAGGUUAUUGCACAAGAAGUUUCACACGUGCCGGCACGCAUGUUAAAAUGUGCACAAAGCCCGACUUUGUACAAUACAAGUACACAACCGCACACACACAGUUACAGUAUAAACAGUAAUAACAAACACUCUCAUAGCUGCUGACAUGUUUCACAUCAGUUAUGCAUAAACAAAUAUUUCUCAAACCCAAUCUCAGAAGACAACCUUUUUUUUUUUUUUUUUUUUUUCCGCCACGUUGACAGCAUGUUUGAAUUCUGUUCCGAGUGUUUUUGUAACAGGCAUGCAGACAAAGUCCCGAUCUAUCUACAUAUACGGUGCCUAAUGAUGAAUAAUGAUGAUACUGAUAUCAUGAUGAGUAUAUAUAAUAAACAGAUUAAUCUUCA